UUGACGUUUGUUCGAUUGUUUGAAGUUUGAGUUUUAGGUUAUAUAAAUUAUUUUCUAAAAUGCUGUAAAUAUUGAUCGAUUUCUUGAGUGUUUGACCCAAAAGAAAUAACAAUAAAGCGUAAUCAUGUCGUUUGCACCUUUAAGAAGUGUAGGGUUGAUUCAGACCGUGGUGCGAACCGCUGGUUUCACCACAAUGUUUAGGCGCCCGAUGGUUUAUAAAAGUGCAAUUUCCUUGGAAACUCUGUAUCCCAACAGCUCCCUAAAACUAACAACACCGGCUUUUAAUCCUGACACAAAAGACAAAUUUUCUGGAUAUAUUCCACUGGACAAACUGGACAUCACAUACAGCGCCAGCUCCGGCCCGGGCGGACAGAAUGUGAACAAGGUGCACACCAAGGUGGACCUGCGGUUCAAGCUGGCGGAGGCGGAUUGGCUGCACCCCAACGUCAAGGAACAGAUGCUUCAACUGCACGGCAAGAAGCUGACAAAAGAAGGCUAUCUGGUGCUGCGCUCGGACGCGACUCGCUCGCAGCAGAUGAACCUGGCGGACUGCCUGCGCAAGCUGCGUGAGCUGCUGUGGGCUGCUGCCACGCCCAAGAAGCAGCCCAGCCAGGAGACCCUGGAGAAAGUCAGGCAGAGAGCGUUGAAGGCGGCGCGCAUGCGGCUGGCGGUGAAGCGCGAGGACUCUCUCCGGCGCGCGCAGCGGCAGCCGCCCACGGCCGUCGACUUAUGAUUCUUCCCCUAAAUCCAGCGUGCUAACUAGCCGCUAGCUAGUCGUCUUGCGUGUGAGCUUGUCGGGAUAUAACUAUUCUUUCUGCAUCAGUUAAUGUA